UGGAAAUGACGGAGACCCACGUGUCAUCAAAUCUCCGCGCAGCGUCAAAACGAAGUGAUCGCAGUUGUUUUACUUCACCCGCGGUGCUGUGGCGAGUUUCGAACAUGCGCGCCAAGUGGAUAGUGUUGCGAAAGGGACAUGCAAUCACCAACUGGCCACAUCACUGUGCAAAUAUGUGACAUGUUUGUAAUUGAGAAGUCGAAGAUAAUCGGAACAUGCAGACCGAAGUGAAAUGUACUUGUCUUCCUGAUAUUGGAAGAGUGCAUUGCAGUAGACGAAAUCGAACGUGAUGAUAUGUAGAUUAUUGCUUGUAUUAUAUAAACGUUAUCAGUUUUAUUUUUGAACACGAGUCAGUUCGUAGAUGAGAAGACUUUUUGUUCUGUUAUUCAAAUCGUGGCGAAACAAACCCCACGGUCUCUGUUUUUACAGUCAAUCGAUUGAUGGAAAUGCUUGGAGGUUGUUUACAAUAUUAGUUCGUCAAGUUUCCAGCAGAUGUCGUGGCGAAGAUUGACCAAUCAACGUACAGCAAGUGACAGCCUGGCGGUUUUUACGAUUGUGGGAACCGCCUUCACACGGAUUUGCGCCAGAAGAUUUUUUUGUGGGGAUCAGCCGACACGAUCGAAAAAAACCAAAACGUCAUCAGGAACGUCAUCUAAACGAUUUGAAGAAAUGUUGGGGACGUUCGAAAACUUCAGAAAUAUGAAAUUAAAGACACCUGUACAUGGUGCUGCAGAUGACUACAUCAGGGAUGUGCAAAAGGAGUUCUCUGUGUCUCCAGAUCAGAAAAACUUUACGGUUUCUGUGGAGGGGAACAUUGGAUGUGGGAAAACUACACUCCUGGAAUACUUCCAGCAAUCCGACAGUGUCCAGGCACUACAAGAGCCAGUGGAGCAGUGGACCAAUAUACAGGGACAUAAUGCCUUGGGUCUAUUGUAUGAAGAUCCUUCAAGAUGGAGCUUCUCCUUCAAUAUGUAUGCUCAACUGACCCGCAUCAAGAUGCACACUAAGCCUCACACCAAACCCAUCAAGAUGUUGGAGCGUUCCCUGUACAGCACCCGCUACUGCUUCGUGGAGAACAGCUACCGCAGCCAAACUAUUAACGGGCUGGAAUAUGCAAUACUGACAGAAUGGUUUAACUGGCUGUCAAAAACACAGAAAGCAGAGUUAGAUCUCAUUGUGUAUUUGCAUGCUGACCCAGAAGUGUGCUAUGAGCGUAUCAAAAAGAGGUCACGGAAGGAAGAGUCGUGUGUGCCAAAGACACUCAUUGAUGACAUCCACGACCUACAUGAAGACUGGCUGGUGAAGCAGACGUUAGGCUCCAUCCCUGCUCCUGUGUUGAUUCUAGAUGCCAACCGUGGAUACGACAAGAUGAAGUCCUUGUAUGAAGACAAGCGUCAGGAGAUUCUAUGUGGACAUGUAUAGUAGAAGAUAGACUCAUGUACAUAGUGACUGUAGUAGUGCAAUGAACACCUGAAAACUGACAUUAGUCAGGUCAUGUGUGACUGGGUCACAGACCACUUAUAUAGGUCUGAGGUCAUGUGUGACUGGGUCACAGACCACUUAUAUAGGUCUGAGGUCAUGUGUGACUGGGUCACAGACCACUUAUAUAGGUCUGAGGUCAUGUGUGACUGGGUCACAGACCACUUAUAUAGGUCUGAGGUCAUGUGUGUCCAUAAGGAUUGUGUGUUUGGGUGCAGGAAGACAUCUUGUUAUGGCCAAAACAAAAAAACAACACAACCUCAAAAUGCAAUUCACCAAGUCAAGAAAACUAUCAGUUCACUUAAAACAAGUAUUUAUGGAUGACAACUUCUUUUAUUCUAGAGCAAGACAUUUCGAUACAGGUUCUUGUAUCAUUUUCUUACUACG